AAUAGCUCUAGAUAUUGUCUAGUAGGCAUUAGAUGUGAAUUACUCUUGUCUGAUGGGUUGCUGGACUGAUGUUGAGUUGCUGGAUUGAUGCUGGAAUGAUGCUGGGUUGUUAGACUGCUGUGUUGCUAGUUAUUUUUGAAGAAGUGAAGAAUGCUUGUUGCUGCUAAUAAUUAGUGAUUUAUGGUUUUGUUAUUGAGUUUGCAUUAUCAUGGAUUCAUUAGUGCCCAUGUUUUGGGGUUUGUUAGACUAUUCUUAGUUGAGAAUUGGUUGAAUUGCAGACUAUGUUUAGUUGUCGGUUUUAGACUUUCAGUUCUUAGAUGGAGACUUGCUGGAUUUCAGAUAGGUUUUGGGUUUGCAGUUCAUUGUCAUUGAUACUGCUGGCAGCUGGCUGUUAUUUUUUUAAAGGUUUUUUCUUUGUUUAUGA